AUGCGCCCCCCGCCCAGCCAAUCCCCACCCGCCUCCCACCCGGCCGGCCAAUCAUCAACGCCGCCCCCUGCGUGCGCAUGCGUCCUCCGCGCCCAUGCGCCUCCACGGCGACCCCGCCCCCCACCCAGCCGGCCAAUCAUCAAUGCCGCCCUCGCCGCUGCCCGCCCCCCUGGGCGCGCAUGCGCCCUCCGCGCUCACGUGCCUCCACGGCGGCCCCGCCUCCCGUCCAGCCGGCCAAUCAUCAAUGCCGAUCUAGACCCCGCCCCCGCCGCUGCCCGCCUCCCCUUGGUGCGCAUGCGCCCUCCGCGCUCACGUGCCUCCGCGGAGGCCCCGCCCUUUCCCCGGCCAGCCAAUCCCCGUCCGCCGGCCAAUCAUCAAUGCCGCCCUAGACCCCGCCCCCGCCGCUGCCCGCCCGCCUGGGUGAGCAUGCGCCCUCCUUGCUCAAGCGCCUCCACGGGGGCCCCGCCCCCUCCCCGGCCAGCCAAUCCCCGCCCGCCGCCCAUCCAGCCGGCCAAUCAUCAAUACCGCCCUAGACCCCGCCCCCGCCGCUGCCCGCCCGCCUGGGCGCGCAUGCGCUCUCCCCGCUCACGCACCUCCUCGGCGGCCCCGCCCCUUCCCCGGCCAGCCAAUCCCCGCCCGCCGCCCAACCAGCCAAUCCCCGCCCGCCGCCCAACCAGCCAAUCCCCGCCCGCCGCCCAACCAGCCAAUCCCCGCCCGCCGCCCAACCAGCCUUUCGCUAAUAAUAAUGAUGCUUGUAGAGUGCAAAAGCAAGAUGGGCACGGGAUAGAGGGCAAAGUCUGGGCUGCUGAGAAACAGCUGGAAGAGUCAGAGGCCAGAAGUGCUCAACAGAAGAUCGGAAAAAGCAAGUCGCCCAAGAAAUUGAAGACGACCCGUGCCAAGUCCUGA